AUGGACUACUCACUCGAGAAUCACAAGUCUUUUAUCGGAAAGUCUAUCUCAGAGAUUCCUACACCGGCUCUGGUGGUUAAUUUGCCGGUGCUCGAGAAGAACAUCGACACUUUACAUCAAGAUGUGGAAAGGCUUGGCAUUGGCUUUAGACCUCAUGUCAAGACGCUCAAGACGCUCGAGGUGACAAGAUUGAUGAUUGCAGGGGGGAAAUACAAGGGCAUGAUUGCAUCAACCAUCCCUGAGAUAAAGGGUGCCUUACCCCUGGUGGAAGAAGGUCUUGUGGAAGAGUGUCUUUAUGGAAUACCAAUCUACCCAGGAGUUUUACCCAGGUUGAUCGAGUUACGCAAAUCGCUGCGUGUCCAGCUUAUGGUCGACAAUGAGCAACAGGUCACAUUUCUCGAAGAGUCAUCUUCAAGCAAGCAACCAUGGGAUAUCUUUAUCAAACUGGACGUUGGCUCGCACCGAGCCGGCGUUGAAGCCAACAGUGAUGCUCUGCAUCGCUUGGUAGAGCGCGCUGAAAAGUCCUCUGCCGUCAAUAUCUACGGAUUUUACUGUCACGCCGGACACUCAUACGGAGGCCGUUCACGAAAGGAAGCCGAAGAAACCCUCAACAUUGAAGUUUCAAGCGUACUUUCCGCAGCCAAGCUUCUUCCUUCGGACCGUCGCCUUAUCAUUUCUGUUGGCAGUACGCCUACAGCACACGUAGUGGAAAGCCUCAAGGCGUCGAUGCCAGAGAAUGUCACCCUGGAGCUCCACGCAGGCAACUUCCCCUGCAAUGAUCUCCAGCAAGUAUCAACAGGUCUCGUGGCCGAGUCGCAACAGGCCGUGUCGGUGGCAGCAGAGGUUUGCAGCGUUUACCCGGAGCGCAACGAAGCACUGGUCAACGCAGGUGUAGUUGCGCUGUCGCGUGAGGCAAGCGCCUUCAGCGGAUUCGGCCGAGUGGUGGGCAGCCCAGCGUGGGGUCUGGUGCGGUUAUCGCAGGAGCAUGGAAUCGUGGGUACGAGCGAGGGUCGAAAGGUAGAUGAGGAUUUCAAGGUUGGUCAGAGAGUUGAGAUUUGGUGUAAUCAUUCUUGUAUUGCGGCUGCUGCAUUUCACGUGUAUUAUGUGGUUGAUGAGGAGGGUAUCGUGAGGGAUACAUGGAUUCCUUGGAAGGGAUGGUAA